UGAUCAUCAGAAAAAGGAGAUGCCUUAUACAUGCAUGUACACCAAUCCAACCUCACAAACACAAUCUGUAGAAGCAACACAUUUGAAUAGUUUCAUUUAUAAGAAAGAAACACCACCACCUGAUGCUUAACUCAUUCCAAGCUUUCCUGUUUAAUUCACAUAUAAAUACAGGCAUCCAAACGGCUCUUGGGGCGAUCAUAUAUUCAAUCGUGAAUUUGAGUUCAGAUACAAGAAGAUUUUGAUCAUACAUAUAACGAUUAGAUAACGUAUAACCACAACAAGAAUGGCAAUGAGGCCGAGAGGUGGCGGUGCUGGUGCUCCUAGACGGGUGGCAAGACCAGGUGGUGUCCGGCCAGUCUAUGAAGAUUUCAAGCCCAUGUCGGAAUGGCAACAAGAUGAUGAAUCUCAUAUUCUCAAUAUUUAUCUUCCUGGCUUUAUGAAGGAGCAAAUCAGGGUUUCAACAGAAGACCGGAAUACCAUAAGGGUUCAAGGAGAACGCCUGGUUGCUGGCAACAAAUGGAGCCGCUUCAGGGAAGACUUUGAAGUUCCGGAAAAUAGUGAAAUGAACUCGGUUCGUGCAAAGUACCAAGGUGGAGUUCUUAACAUUACAAUCCCAAAAAAGAAAGUUGGCAAGGCUCAAGAGACUUUUCCUCCAAAGCCUAACAGCAGUGAUACCCAAAAGCAACCCAGUCCUCAAAAGGUUCCUGAGAGAGUACUUCCUGAAGUUAAUACCAGCCAACCGACAAAUGAGAAAAGUUCAGAACCUAAAAAACCAUCAGACGAUCCAAGGACGAAACAGGCUCAGAAUGCUGAUGAAAAGCAAAUCAACCCUCAGCAGGGCCAAGACAAGGCUUUUCCAGCAGUUGGUACUAGCCAACCAACAGGUGAUAAAACAUCAGAAGCUCAAAAACAAUCCACCAAUCAUAAAAAAGAUCAUGAUCACAGCGGAAAUCAAGGAAGGGACAAAAGGAACAUUACCCCAUUGAGGAACACUGGACUUGUAGUUUCCCAGGAUGAUGUGAAGAGGGAAAGCGUUGAACCUAAAGAAAAACAUAUUGCAUUAGAGAGACCAGAGGAUGUAACAAGGACGGUAGAUAAGGAGGGAAAGGAAUCAGAGGAGAGAAAAGAAUUACGUGGAGUUGAGACUGCCAAGAAGAACAUUUCGGAGAAAGUUGGAGCCGCUGGCGUCCCUGAAAAGAAAGCAGACAACAAAGAAUUACCUGGAGCUUUCACAAAGGAGAAAUAUAAGAAAGCAGUGAAAGGGCUUGCUGAGCUUAAUGAAGAAAGGCAACUGUUGGUGAAUAUGGGGGUGGCUAUGCUUGUUAUUGUAGCACUCACAGCUUAUGUUACCUUCCAGUUUGCAUCAGGAAAAGAUAACUAGGUUCUCUAAGAUUUGAACUUGUGUAUAUGAUUCCAAAGCUAUGAGAAAUUUAAAAAAUAAAAGAGGACAUUAUUUGUAAGUUCCUCAGCUUGUCUCAAGUUUCAUUGGCAAUAUAGACCAAAUUACGCAA